GUUGGCGCUUUUUCGUUCGAGCGUGUAAAUGUCUCGGACACAAUGGGUCACUUUCAUCCCUGGUUAACUGAACGAUGUACUGUUACCGUUUGUUGUUCCACAGUUAUGCCAACGUGGUGGUGAGCGGCGCGGUGGGGGCUGCGGGGGGCGCGGGGAGCGCGGGGGGCGCGGGGAGUCAGGGGGGCGCGGGGACGGCGAGGUGGCGGCCGCUAUACGUGCAGCGGCUACACAGGGCCGAGGCGGAACAAAAUGUGUACGGCGAGAACAUCUACGAGAGCGUGAACUGCCCGGGCGCAGUCGCCAGCGGAAGCGGUAGCGGAGGCGGAGGCGGGUACUGGUGGUGGCGCGUGGGGCGCGGCGGGCGCGGCGCGGGGGGGCGCGCGCAGACGCUGGAGUUCAACAACCAGCGCCGGGCGCAGCGGCACCAGCAUCAAGUGGGCACAAUGCCACGCCUGGGCCGCAGCGCGGGGGCGGGGGCGGGCGCGGUGGCCCGCGUGUGCGGGCUGCGCGUGGAGCUGGUCGGCAACCUGUCGUCGUCGUGCGGCGCGCUGGACCUGCCGCUGCCGCUCCCGCUGCCGCUCGUGCUGCUGCCGCUGCCGCCGUCCUCCUGCUCCUACCACCUGCUGCCGGAGAGCCACCGCCCGGCCGGCUUGCCCGUGGGCCGCGGCGCGUUGUGCUGCUCGUCGUCAUCGGCGUCGUCGGAGGAGGAGCGAGGAGCGUCGCCCCCGCCCGGGCCCGCGCCCCCGCCCCCGGCGCCGCGCCCCCGCGCCCCCGCCCGGCCCCGCCCCCGCCCCCGCCCCCCCCGGCGGACUGGGAGCCCCGCGCCCGGCGCGACUCCAGCUCCGAUGCGGACGACUGAACAUCUCCAGCUUCAACAACUACCUGACCUUGCAUUAAGUACCCGUUUUCAGCGAUCCGCGGGGCUUCGCCUUCGCCCGGGCCCUGGGCAGAAUCCUCCAAGUGUACGUCUGGUCUGA